UUAGUUUAUCAAUAAUGCAGUACUACCAUUCCCCAGAAAAGCGCGUUGUAUACUUAUAGAUAUGACCUUCAAGACUUGGAAGGUCAAAACAAUGUUUAUAUAAUUUGAGUAGUAUUCUUUUGUUUUAUCAGUGGCCGUUUGCAAGAUCAGCGUCGUUAUUCGUCCAUUGUCCUUGUUUACUUGCUGGCUUCUAUAGUCAUAACAUGCGGUGGUGUUAACACGUUAUCACGUAUUUCUUGUCCUCUUGCUAUUUUUAGAGUUUAGAUUGUAAUAAAGUGUCUUCAUUAAAGGUAUUUACUGGCAGGAUAUACAUAGCUUAAUAAUAUUUUUGACCUACAGUAUAGCGGAAAAGAGUCUCGAGUGUAGCAACCAUGAGUAAGCUGUGCAAACAAGUUUCGAUAGAGUCGCCUGGACCCACACAAAAGGAUUGUGUGUUCAGCUUCGAUGUCCCGGUACCAGAUGUACCGAAGAAUGGAGCCAGGAUCAGAGUGGCCUAUGCCGGCGCAUGCUAUCGCGUCAGCCGCAACCGCUCUGCAUCCGUGUGUAGUACAUCCUCUGUUUCAUCCGUUAGCAGCCUCACUGGUGAAAUGGAAAGUUUAGGUAUUCAUUCCUCGACGCCCGCGAACGUAGGCUUUCGAGAUGGGGCGCUAUUUCCAGGCUAUGAAGUAGCGGGUGUGGUGGACGAAGUUGGAGAAGGUGUUGACCCUAAAACUUACAUCGCUCGAGGAACACGCAUAGUGUUAUAUCCGUACGAAGGUGUGCCACACGGAUAUGCCGAAUACAUCGUUGUGCCUGACACCAAAUGCCUUGUGCUGGUUCCGAGCGAUCUCCCUUUGAGUGUGGCCGCCAUGCUACCGACGGGUGCAUUGCUUGCAUGUAACACGGUGCAAACUGUAAUGGAUUCCUUGAAAUCUGUGCUUGAUGGCCCAGUAAAAAAAGAUAUGGGUACGCUAUUGAUAGUUGGCACUGGAGGAUUGGCUUUAUGGGCUUUGCGCUUAGCUCGCCAUUAUAUCAAUUUGAGCAGAUAUCAUAAACGGAUUCGUCUUUCCGUGGCGACUAUCAAAGAUGGUGGUUAUACCAUAGCUAGAGAAAGUGACCAAAUCAAGGUUGUGCAGUGGAGCGAAGAUCUGUACGAACGUCAGCUGAUCGAGCGCACUCUUGACGCGUGCGGCGGUCCUGUCGACAUCGUGCUUAACUUCGGUACCACUUCGAGGUCCCUGCACCGCUCGCUGCAAUGCCUCGCUCCUGGAGGAAUGGUGCUCGUGACUGAGGAGGUCGGCGAAAAAUUGAUGCCGAAAUUCGCGAAGAAAGCCGAAGAGAUGAACGUCCGCAUUGUCGUGGUGCCAAAUGGAUCCAUUAGUCAACUGAGGGAAUUAGUAUUUAUGGUCGCUCGUGGCGAUAUCGAGCCGCCGCCGCACUCGGUGUUCCCAGCGGAGGAAGCUCAAGAAGUUGUUAGAAAACUAUGCAACUCUGAAAUCAAGGGACGCGCCAUCUUGAAAUUCUACGAUGUGGAAUAAACGAUGACUAGUCUUUUCAAGUAUUAUUUAGUGGUGAAAACCAAAUGUUUACUUUAAGCAGUAUACUCAGCGCUUACAAGUUUAAUCAUAUACUCAUAUAUUGCUUCAUUCAUAUAAUCUCACAAUUAGUAUGUAGCAUGUAUAACAUAUUACAUCUUCAUAUGUUAUAAGUAUCCUUUUCUCUUAUCAAUAUGUCACGGAAUUUAAGAUUAAUCUUACUGUGGCAUGUACUUUAUCAUUUCGCCUAUACGAUCUGUGUUUACAUACAUAUACGAUAUAAUGAUCGUGCGUAAUAUUUCAUUAUUGAUAUCUCAUGUACGGACGUAUAGGUAAAUAACGAAGUUAUUAAUUUUCGUAAACACUAUUGUUCGUCAACUAUUCUUACGUUAUUUCUACAUGUAUCCCAUUUCAUAAUGAUAGAUUUUACUAAACAAGGUAAUUAAAAAUUUCUAAAAGAUAAAUUGAUGAAAAUUUCAUACAAUAACUUGCAAUGAUUGCACGAAAAAUAAACUCUAAUUAAGGCGAUAUCCAGAUAAUUUUAGAUGUUUUUUCCUUAAAUGAUGACAUAUUCAAAGCUCAAAGUAUCGUAUUAGUAAUUAUUUUCCAAAAAUAAUUCAAAAACCUACAGUGUAAUCAUUUUGUAUUAACUUGAUAAAUUUAACUAUAAACUAUAAGUAUAUUUUUAGAUUUUACUCUUACUCCUAUAAAACUUUGAUACAAUUUUCUUUUAGGCUACCUUUUUAUUAGUGUUAGUUUCUCGAAUAAUAAAAUCAACAUUUGUAUGGAAAAAUAUGUUAUUCUUAAGUAAUCACAAUUCGUAUGACAUUUAGUAUAUUGUUCUUUAAUAUGAACAGUUUUUGAAGAUGUUUCUUACACCAUAUACGUAACUUCUGUAUAAUUUGUAAUAUGGAUAUUAAUUUUAAUAAUUUUAUAAAAUUGUCUACAGAACUCUCAUAAAAACCCAAUAAUUUUGUAUUUCCGGAAUUAUUUUGAAUUCCAUUUAAGUUUGUAAUCUUUUAUUAAAUAUCGAACACGCACAAUAGUUAUAGCUUUAAGUUGUGUUGCGACUCUUUUUUUGUUCAGUAAACAUUUUUCAUCUUUAAUACCACGUAAUAACCAUUUAGCGUAAGUUUGAAUUUCAUCAGUAGAUUUAAAUAGUGUAACCUUAUACGUAUUAAAAAUUAAAAACAAACUGUAUUAUUUUAUCUAGUCAACUUUGUGUUUAACAAGUAAAACAUAUUUUUUUUUCGUGGCGUAAUUAGUUCUGCUGACUUUAAAAAUUGUCAAAUUUAACCUGUUUAUGGCUUCAACGUUGAAACCUUUUGAAAAAAUAUUUGCCUGAUAACUAUAACCUCAAAAUGUAUAAGAGAUGUUUCCCACAGUUGGCAGAUCUAAUUAUGUAGAUUAGUGUUAAUUUUGUCACAACCAUUAUGUUUAAGCUGUUUCAACUCUGACGUAAUUGAGGUUUUGUAUAAUUUCAUUUAAAUAAAGAUAUCCAAUUAUCCUUA